GUAAAAAUUUUCAAUACCCACCUCAACUUGUGGUGAGUCGCGCAAAUAGCGUGCACCCACCAACAAGGACAAAAAGGCCCUUGUCAAUCGAUGAGACAAACACCAAUCACAGUAUCAUGUCAGAUAUAGAAUACUCUAUUGCCGGGAAACAGUUGAAGUUGAACAGUGCCGAGGACGUCGAAUUCAUUGCAAAAGAUUUGUCAGACAAAUCGGACAUCGAGAAAAUCGAUUUAUCUGGUAAUACUAUCGGGAUCGAAUCGUCAGAGAGAAUCAGUGAAAUCUUGACCAAGUUCCAACAUUCCUUGAAAGAAAUAAACUUGAGUGAUAUCUUCACCGGUAGAUUAAAUACCGAAGUCCCCAAAUGUUUGGACCAUUUGUUGCCAACAUUGUUGAAGUUUCCAAAGUUGACAACCAUCAACUUGAGUGACAAUGCUUUGGGUUUACAAACAAUUGAACCAAUUGAAAACUAUUUGGCCAAGGCCUAUACCUUGGAACACUUGAUCUUGUCCAACAAUGGAAUGGGCCCCUUUUCCGGCGAAAGAAUCGGAAAGGCCUUAUACAAGUUGUCAACCUUGAAGAAACAAAAGAAGUAUCCUAGUUUGAAAACUUUCAUUUGUGGCAGAAACAGAUUGGAAAACGGUUCUAUGAAAUACUUGGCUCUUGGGUUGAUCAACCACAAAGACUUACAAGAAGUCAGAUUAUAUCAGAAUGGUAUCAGACCAAUUGGAAUUGCCACUUUGCUCAGUGGCUUGAAGCAGAAUCAGAAGUUGAAGGUGUUGGACUUGCAAGACAAUACUUUGACUUCUUUGGGUUCUAGUGCAAUUGCCUCCAACUUGGGUUCCUGGACUGCCUUGGAAGAGUUGAACUUGAACGACUGUUUGACCAAGUCCAAAGGUUUCCUCCACAUCUUGACCAACUUACCUCUUGUAAAAGAUUUGAAGGUUUUGAAAUUGCAGUACAAUGAGUUGGACAAGACAGCUUUGACCAAAUUGUACGAGUUGAUUGAUUCUGGAAAAGUCACCGUACAGAAGUUGGAGAUCAACGGGAACAAAUUGGAAGAAGAUGACGAGUUGAUUGAAAAGUUUGUGGAAUUGUUCGAAGACAAGGAAAUUGACGAUUUAGAUGAGAUGGAAGGUGAGGAUAGCGAUGAGGAAGAUGAAGAUGAUGAAGAAGAUGACGAAGAGGUGGAAAUCAUAGAUUUUGUUGCAUUGGGUAAAGAGUUAGACGGCACCGACGAAGACAAGGAUGAAGCCGUGGACGAUGUGGCCGAAGAGUUACAGAAGACCCAUAUUAAUUAGGUAUCAAUUAGGUAGUAAAUGUAAUUUUGCAGAUGUUCG